UAGGCCGGUAGGUAGGCAAAGUAAGUAGGUAAUAUGUGACUGAAGGCCGAACGACAGACGGCCGGCCCCCCAGUUGAAACGGAUCUCCAGACUACAUGCGUCUGGCUUCGCGGACCCAAUCCUCAGGGUUUCAUUCUCAUUCUCUUUCUCUUUCAUACUUAAGUACAGUACCUAGUGAUUUGUACUGUAUGGUAUCAUGUUCCUUUCUUGCUGCGGGCUCCUCUCUGCGGAAUAGAUGAACUGAUAAUUAUUCUCCGAAACAUCAUCGUGUGUGGAUUCACUUCAGCCUCUUCCUCUUUCGCGCUUCUUUCGCGCCUUCGUUUACACGUUCUUUUGCGUUUCCACUCCCAUCCUGGCAGGUAAAGCCUUGGUCAUGUUUGGAGGUGGUGCUAUUCACUCCUUCUAGCUUCUUUCCACACAUUACCCCUGCCUGUCUGUCUACUUACUUGUCGGGCCCAUCGUACCAGUCCCUCUUUCCCAUUGGCAAGAAAGAGAGAAAAAAAAAAAAAAAAGAGGAAACAAGCCGGAAUGCUUUUGUUUUCGUGAGAGCGUGUAAUAUCUCAAACUAUCCUUAAUUAUUUUGUGUGAUUGGGUUGAACCCAUUUUUUCUUCAUUCGUAACGGCUGGUCUGUUUCUAUCGACAUUCAUUGGAUCUUAUCUAUAUCUACAAAAAGGAAGGUAAUAUUCUUUUUGGGUUCACGAGGGUUCAUUUCCCCGAAGAGCCAGAAUGAGGGCGUUCUACUCUGGAGCUCUCCUGUUAGCCCUUGGUACCUUGUCGCCGGUCCAGGCCGACACGUACAAAUACGAUCAACCCGGCAAGCGCUCGUUGAAGGAUCUAUUGGAUAAACUUAGGGGUAUUGGAAGCGGAGAUGACAAUGUUCGAACCGUGACCGAGACCGUCCGGCAGACUAUCACCGUGGGCGGCGGUGGACUAGGCGGCGGGUUUCUCAAUGCGACGUCAACGGUUACAGUCACGGAGACUGGCGCUGCUAAUGGCGCCGUAGAGCAAGCGACUGUCACGCAGGUGGUGACUACAACCAUGACGCAGCUGAUUGCCUGCGGGACGGCUUUUGGAAUCCCCAUCCCCGGCGACCAAGCCUCGUCUAUCGCGUCUUCCGUGGCCGCCAUCGUGUCCUCCGGUCUAGCGGAACUGACCUCGAUAGGGGCCACUUCGUCGGUCGCAAUCACGGAGACAUCUGCGGCCGCGACGACUUCCACAGCGGCUUUGACAACUUCGUCAACUUCGGAACUAUUGACAUCUUCGUCGAGCGCCGUCGCCUCAAGCUCGUCAAGCGCGGUAGAGCAAAUUUCAUCUUCAAGUUCAGCCGCUGUGGAAUCCAGCACCGCAGUGGUCGAGACAUCGAGUUCAUCGUCAGCCGUGGUAGAGUCCAGCACGGAGGUACCAUCCGCGGUUCCCGAGACCACCUCAUCUGCCGCAGUCGAAUCAUCCACAGAGGUCGCGACGACAUCAUCAGCUGCGGUAGAGACGUCAUCCGCCGAAGCGACGACCUCCACAGCAGCAGCCGUCGAAACGACUUCAUCGUCCACGGCCGGCGCAUCCUCGAUCGCACUGCCCCUCGACUCGACCCCAGUAUCAACGGCGAGCGCAAUAGGACAAUCCUCAGUCGCGCUCCCCGCCGAAUCCACGCCCGCGCCAGCGGCUUCCGACGUCAACCUCGGGGCCGCUCUGCCCGACGCGCUGACGGCCACGACCUUCCUAGGCGCGAACGAGGGUCCGCCGAUCGACUUCAGCGGCGUCGAUCUCAGCUCCGUGAUAAAUCUCGGUCCCGUGGCGUAAGGGGGGUGGUCAACGAGUCAGACGGUUUUAAUUAAGUGGGAUGCGAGAGCGAGCCGAGUUUGAAGUCGUAGAGAAGGAAGCUUCUUGUUUUCAUCCGCCGUCGAAAUGCUUGUUUUUUUUUUACACAUGUUUUUUCUAGAUACAAAAAAUUAGCCCCCCCUGGUGGAGACGCCCUUCGUUUCUUUAGUUAUAUAAUGCAAAUACAAAGAAUCUGACUUCAUA